CCAUCUAGCUUUACUAGCAGCUUCCUUUAAUUUGUAGCUCGAUCGACCAAUCUCCGUAGUUCACUUGUGACAUUACCAAUGACGACCGUGGUGGCACUGAGUUCUUUCGCGGCCGGUGCCGCUGCGCCGCGCGUGCGCGCCGCCGUUGGCCUGCAGCAUGGCGCCGGCGCCAGCUUUGGUGCCCGGUCACCGCCGGUGGCCGGGAAGACCGCACAGCGCCGACACGGCCUCGUCGUGAGGGCGCAGAAUGACCCCAAUCCCACGACCAAGGCGAGCACGAAGUUCUGGGACGUGCUGUCGUUCAACGGCCCGGCGCCGGAGCGCAUCAACGGGCGGCUGGCGAUGCUGGGCUUCGUGGCGGCGCUCUCCGUGGAGGCGUCCCGCGGCGUCGGGCUUCUAUCGCAGGCGGAGAGCGGUGCCGGGCUGGCGUGGUUCGCGGCCACGACGGCGGUGUUCUCGGUGGCGUCGCUGGUGCCGCUCCUCAAGGGAGAGAGCCCCGAGGAGAGGGCCGGCCCCAUCAUGAACGCCGACGCGGAGCUCUGGAACGGCCGCCUCGCGAUGCUCGGCAUCGUCGCGCUCGCCGCCACGGAGUACCUCACCGGCACACCCUUCGUCGACGUCUAGAUGUAACUCGUGUAGCUCUCCCUACGUAC